AUGGAGGUGGAAAAAACUAAGGAGAACGAGACCAGUCACUUGGAGAUUUCUCCAAAGGCUACUUAUCAGGAGCCUACAUUUGAAGGUCUGACUCCAGAGGAGUGUAGAGAACUUGAAAAGCGACUUUUCGUGGGAUACCUUCUUGGCCAAAUUCCUAGCAAUAUCGUGCUCACUCGCGUGAAACCGUCUCGUCUCUUGGUCAGCUCCUGGUAUAAGCCUCAGGAGAUUGCUCCUCGUGUGGCAGUGCUUUACUGUGGUAACACAAUCGCCAACGGAUUUGGCGGUCUUAUUGCCGCAGGUAUUUUGGAUGGAAUGGACGGAGCUGGCGGAUUAGCAGGAUGGAGAUGGCUCUGUAUCAUCGAGGGUGCUGGUACCAUGGUUGCUGGAGUGCUUGCAGUCCUGCUUCUUCCUGAUUUCCCUGAGUCAGGCCAACGAAAGUGGCUCUCGCAGCAAGAGCAGCGCUUUGCACAGUGGCGAUUAGCUCAAGCUGUGAACGAUAAGGCCGAUGAGAAUGGAUCGAUUAAGCAAGCCCUUGUUGAUGCCUUCACCGAUCCGAAGGCCUGGAUUCUAGUCGGAAUCCAGGUCUGCCAGCUCACAUCGCAGAUAUGGACAUACUUCUUCCCAUCUAUUGUUAAGACCCUCGGUUUCGACAACACAAUAACCCUGCUCAUUACCGUUCCCGUCUAUGUUUUCGGAUUCUUUACCUCGCUCGGAAACUCUUUUACUGCACAGUACACAAACAAGCGUGCUAUUUUGAGCAUGUGGCCUCUGCUCGUCGACAUCAUCGGCAACGUGUUGGUUGUUAGCACGAUUUCGACAGCCCCGCGCUAUGUGGGCAUGUUCCUGAUUACUAUCCCCACAACCAGAACAAAACGUGCUAUUGUCUAUGCAUUGGUCAACUUGUUCGGCAAUUCGUCGAACAUUUACGGAUCCUACUUUUUCCCUUCUUCCCACGCUCCCCAGUAUCGCAUGGGCGGAAUUAUUUUGUCUUCAUUUGCCGCAGGGGGUAUUACCUUGGCAGCUGCACUGGGUCUCUGGCUGCGAAAUAUCAACAAAAAGACUCUGCGGGAGGAGGACGAGGAUGGUCAGAUUAGAUACAAGUAUCUCUGGUAA